AACUCACUCAAACACCAAAUAAACAUCUCAAAUCACUGAAGUCUCUCAGUCUCUCCUCUUUUCUCUAUUCUUUGAUGGCUUCAUUCGGUGUUAAGUCAACUUUUUGUUUCCUUGUCGCUGUUUUGUGCUUCAUUGGGAACAAUGUUGAAGGUAGAGAAGGUAAGCUCUUCUUUAGCAAGUUCACUCACUUAGAUCGUCCAAACAAAAAAGAGGUAGCUCUAGCCCCAGCUCCUGCUCCGGGUCCAGCCCAAGCCAAUGGAAAACUCGGUGACGGGCCUUUCGGGCCAGGUUCAGGUAUGAUUCCUCAAACCAAAGAGUCAUGGCCGGUUUCAACAACGACCACAGACGAAGAGUUCGAGAAAUUGAUGGCUACAUUUGACCAAGAAAAGAGCAACAACCAAUUACCUGAGGAGUUUGAGGAGGAAGAAGAGUCCCAAGAAGAUCUUAGUGAGCAAAAGGACAAGUACAACAAUAAUGGAUACACUUACACUACCAACAAUUAUAAUGAUAAUAGGAGAGGUUACGGUAAUGAAGAAGAGAGACAAGGUAUGAGUGAUACAAGGUUCAUGGAGAACGGUAAGUACUUCUACGACACAAGAGGUAGGAGUUCCGAAUAUACGCCUAGCCGCAGGUAUGAGCGUGCUCGAGGAAAUGAUCAUCCCAACGAGUUCGAAACUAUGGAGGAAUACUACAAGAGUUUGGAAGGUGGUCAAGAAGAGUUUGAGCCUUGAAAAGAAAAUAAACUUUUUUAUUUGAUACCAAAGAAGUUUUUGAGUAAGUGUUAAAUCUCAGUUUACUUGUCUUUUAUGAGAUGUGAAACCUACCAAUCACUUAUAAA